AUGUUCGCCCUAGCCCCCGUCAUCGAUGAUAUAUGGGAGUACCUUGAUCUCCUGCUGAAGCUGCUGCUUAUCGAAGCCCUCGCUUCCACUCCCGCCACCGCUGGCAUUGCUGGUCACUUAAGCCACCGCCGGCUUAAGCUCUACUUACGGUUUGACCGCAAAGCGAUCCUGUUUGACUGGGCUAGCAACUUGGUGGAUGAAGUGCUUAUCGAAGACGCGGAACAGCUCCUCAAACAGUUCUCCCAGGUCGAUUUGGUGUUGGUAAAUGAAGAAGUGGUGCCGUUCGAAUAUAUCCAAUUGCGGAUGAGACAGCUCUACAAAAACUAUAAAAACCAUAUACGCAGCAUUUCCCUCCACUGGGCGUGGCCCCAGCUAUCGGAAGAGCCGUGGUGUGUCAAAGUAUCGCUGUACUAUAGCCGCGAUAGUGCCGUACGUAAUCCUGUGGGCACGGAAUGCAACCAAAUAUUGAUGACCAAACAGCUUCCAUUACUAAACUCGAUUGGGUGUGAUGGUUGGUUCCCCCCAAUUCAAGAUUACCCCGGUUUACGCCACGUGAAAUUCAUUAACAUUGCUUAUUGUGAUACCCAAAAGCUGUUCGUGCCGCCUCCGUGGCUCGAGCACUUGGGGGUGGUACGCAGCAGUAUCACCAUCAAAAUCGAGUCGCCGCUUGUGGAAUUGAAAACGUUAUUAUGGGAAAAGAAUACUCAGCCAGUCUCACAGGUACUUCCUGGUAUCCCCCAUCCAACAUCGCUUACGACUACCGAUAGGUCCAUCACUAACUACGACCACUUGACAUCGUCGGUUACCACUCUCAGUUUGGAAAACCCCCGCGUGCUUGAUUUGUCCCAUUUUACUCGUGUUGAUACCCUUACUUUCAAUGGUGGUUUCCAGUACUUGGACGUGAUUGACGAAGCAGUACGUCGUCAGAUUACGCUGUUAUCGCUUGAAAGCUGGGACGUGAAACCCGAGGUCGAUUUCGCUCGUAUACUCACAUUGUUCCCCUCACUCAAACGGCUCCGUCUCACUGAGUGUACAGUGGUGUUUGAACCUGGCGUAAACCACGCCAAUUUAGAGCACCUCGACAUCCAGGAAUGUGCCACUGACUCGGACUCACUCGCCACUGAUCUCCCUAAGCUUCGCUCGCUUAGACUAGUGAGUAGUUUCGCCAAUCGUGAUAUGGGUGAGUUUAUUGAUAUCGGCCAAUUGCCCGCCCUUGAGCUGUGUACCGUCUGGUUUUGUACCAUGCAAACCAUUGGUGGAUCGCAUACUCGUCUCCAGAAGCUCGAAGUAUGUAGUGAUGUCAACCAAGUGGACAUCACCGGGUUCCCCAAUCUUAUCCACAUCGGGAUAUCGUCAGCUAGCCUUACCGAACUCACUGUGAGCAACCCAUACCUCAAAUCGGUGGUGGUGAAAGAGUGUAUUAACUUACAAUCGCUCCAAGUGACGUCGCCGCAAGUGGAACUUGUUGAUGCCUCUAACGUAUUGGCAGUACAAGACUUGGUUCUCCCCGAGUCAGUAACGUGUUUGGUGGCCAGUCAGCCGCAACGAGUGACCACUGAUGCCUCCACUUCAACAUGGAUGAUCCCCCCAUUGAAACUGGCGAUCUUUAGAGUCCACGCUAACAUGUUGAGUAAAGAACCGGUGCUGAUGCGAUUCUCUCCCGCCACCACCUACGUCGAUCUCGAGAUCCAUGCGGGCAAACGGCCCCUCGAUAUCGAGUUCCCACCCCAUAUGACGGGGCUCCGGUGUCUGUUUGUCCCCGAAGACUUACUCCGCUAUCCGUUGACAUACUUGUCGGUGAACCUGAACCGUAUGGAGGAGAUCCGGCUCCCGCUGACGAUUGAGCACUUGGAACUACGUGGCGUGGGUCCCAUCCCCAAAAUCGUCUGGGACACCGAUAAAGCCAAUGUACGCUACAUCGACCUUACUCGCUACAAGUGGACGUGGUCCGAUUUACCGUUAGCCAGCAUGCCUCAUCUAGCAUUUAUCAAGUCGCAUAAGCCGCAAACUGAGCCUGGUCCCAUACCCGUGGCCAGUCUGUGA